CGCUUGCAUUUUUUUGCAGCUACGACUGGUCGGGUUCGCUCAGAAGAACGAACUUUGCAAUCUCUCUAUCUCCCUCACUUUCUAUAGCACAUUCCCUACUAUAAUUAUUCGAGAACAUGUCCACUGUGGCCGACAACGCUGUCGUCGCUGACGACCUGAUAUCUAACGGCCACCCGGUGUACGACGGUGUCAAAUUUUUCGAGCCUAGCAAGUUAGUGACUGACGGAGAAGUCGUCGAGGCUGCUCCAAACGGCGUGCAAGACCUUAUACCAGGUGCCGAAGAUGUUUUCGGAACAGAUGACAAGACGGACGAUAGCUUGGUAACUGAAUUCCCUGGCAACACCCUUGCGGCGGAGACGUCUGUCGAGGUUCUCAAUGUGGGCAAGUUGAUUGACGAUGUGUCGUCAGAGGCACCUAUCCUGCACACCGGUAACUCUGAUAAGGAGAACACUACCUUUAUCCAUGACUCUGAGCCUCUCGCCAACGGCCACCACAAGUCUCUUUUCGUAGAAGAGUCUGAGCAGCUUACAACUCUCACAAUCGCCCCAUGCAACAAGCCUGCAAGUCUCACAGAGCUCGUUCAAGAGGACGCGAUUGAGUUUUCUGAUACGGUUAUUUCAGAGAUACCCAAGGACGAAUCACCAAUCACUGACAGCGCAGGCCCUGAAAUACCCUUUGUCGAUGUUGCCACAAUCGUUGUGGAAGCUUCUAAAGCCUCUCUAGAUUGUUAUGGAGAGCCUCCUAUCGCUGCUAGCACCGGACCUGACACGUCCCUAUCAGACUUUGUCACAACUUCCAUAAACGGCGUCGGGAGCACUGCUACUGCAGAGCCUUCCUGUCAAGACGAGACGCCCAUCUCCCAACUGAGCACCGAAAUAAGAACUGCUGAUUUAUUUGAAGAGGUUGUUGUCCCCCCUGCUAUUGAAGCAAAGGAAAUAUCUACCAUGGCUGUAGAAUCUGAACCGGCUAUCAUGGAAGAUGCGUGUGACCCGAUUGAUGCAGAAGCAAGCAUAACGGAAGCGGAGGCUUCGCCUGUCGGAGAGGAACCUGCGGUCACCGAGACCGUGGCUCUGGCGUCCAUCGAUUCUAUAGCAGAAACCGCUCCCGAAGGUGAAACCAUAUCGAACGAACAAGAAUCUGCGUUAGUUGAAACACAACCUUCCACAGCAGAGUCAGGGGCCACGCCAACGACGCUUCAAGCUGCACCAAUUACACCGACAUUGUGCGAGGUCGUCCUAGAGGAGAGUCAGGCCUGCGAGCCUAGCUCGGAGCCCGCGGCAACUUUGGAGCCUAUCCUAAAAGCUACCGAGUUGCAGCCAGUUGAAGAUGCUGCAGUAACUGCGGCGCUCGUCACAGAAGUUGCCGAAUUGGAUCCGAUUGAAGAAACUGUGCUAGUGUCGGAAGCAGUAGCCACUGUUGCGCCAGCCGAGAUAUCAGGUGCAGAGGCGGAGGAAUCUGCUGCAGAGGGCGCUGUUGAUGCUGAGGACGCACCAGCUGCUCUCAACGAACCGGAAGUGGAAGUGUUCGUUCCGGAAGUCGUUUCGGCUCCAGCUGAGGUUGUGACAGGGCCAGAUGUCCUGUCAACUGAAUCAGAGGAUGGUGCCAUCACGCCAACUAUGGUACCCGAGGUCCCUGUCGAAUCUGUGGUUGCUGCUGAAGCAGAAUCUGCACACGACUCCAUUACUGCUGACUCAGAACCAGUCACGACCCCUGACCCCGAGCCCAUUGCUACCUCUGAGACAGAUUUUUCAGCAGCCGCAGGACGUGAACCUGCCGCUGUCGAGUCGGGAGCGCCUGCAGCAGUCGAUGCAGAGCUCACAGAACCUGCAGUCGAGUCUAUUGUAGUGGAGACUGUCGAGGUCGAUGUCGAGUCGGAAACGCCUGCAGCAGUUGAUGCAGAGCUCACAGAACCUGCAGUCGAGUCUAUUGUAGUGGAGACUGUUGAGAUCGAUGUCGAGCCACCCAGCUCCAACGUAUCAUUCAUCGAGGAUCCUGAGGUGGGCUUUAUGCACGCUGACGACACGCAAACAGUUCUAGCUGAGGGGGCUCCUGUGUUCGAGGAGCCUGUUUCGAACGCCACUGACGUUGAGUCCGAGGUGCAGGUAGAAGAGUUCUUCGUUGAGGAGAUUGUGGAGGUCAUUCCAAUCAAUGUUGCUACUCCUAUAGGAGAGCCUGCAUCACUCGAAGAAAUUGCAGCGGAGGAAGUUGUAGCGGUCGAAGACGUAACGGACGAGGAAUUCUCGGUUGAAGAGCCUUUAGCGGUUGAAAAGGCUGAGGACGUCAUCGCGGUUGAAGAAACUAUACCUGCUGAAGAGGUCGUCUUAGUUGACGUUGCUACAGGAGAGCUUGCAGCGCUUGAAGAGACUGUACUGGUUGAGGAAACCACUGCAGUUGAAGAAACAAUACCUACUGAAGAGGUUGUUCCAGUCGAUGUUGCUACAGGAGAGCCCGCAACGAUUGAAGAGACUCUACUGGUUGAGGAAACCACUGCAGUUGUACCUACUGAAGAGGUUGUUCCAGUUGAUGUUGCUACAGGAGAAUCCGCAACGCUUGAAGAGACUGUACUGGUUGAGGAAACCGCUGCAGUUGAAGAAACAUUGCCUACUGAAGAGGUUGUCCCUGUCGAUGUUGCUACAGGAGAAUCCGCAACGGUUGAAGAAAACAUACCUGCUGAAGAGGUCGUCCCAGUCGACGUUGCUACAGGAGAGCCCGCACCAGUCGGAGAGGUUCCCUCAGUCGAAGCUGUGGCAAUCGAAGAACAUGCACCAGUCGGAGAGAUCACUCCAGUCGAAUCAGCUAGCCCAGUCGAAGAGCCUGUUGUUGACGAAGCUGAACCUACCGUUCAAGGGCUCGUAGCUUCCAUUGACGAUGGUCCGGUGUUGGAAGAGGCCGUGCCUUCUACCCAUAAUGCAGUUGAUGUCGAAGCGUCUCCUCCCACAUGCGAGGUCUCCCCGCUUGAAGGACCUGCCGCAUCCUUUGAGGAGCCUCUUGUUGUACCUGAAGAGACAUUCGCUGAAACUGCCGCUUCAGCAAUCGAAGAGAUCUCGCUCGCCGGAGAUGCAUCAGCCGUCGAAGAAACAUCCUCUCCCUUUGUCAAGGCGUCAGUUGGAGAAGAUGUCCCUGCUGUUGAAGAACGUUCUGCACUUGUAGCAGUGGAUAUGCCUGGAUCAGAAACGGUAGAAGAGCUCUCCGCAUCAGUAGAAGAGCAAACAUCUGUUGCGGCCGAGGACACUAUGGGGUGCAAAGAUGAGCCUGUAGCAAUCGAGGAAACUUCCGCAGAUGCAGUGAAACCUGUCUCCGUUGAUGGUCGAAUUCCUCCCACUAUAGAGGGAACAUCUCUCCUUGCAGAGGUGCCCUCGGAUGCUGACGGGCCUACUCCUGAGGCGACUUCAACCGCGGAAGAAACUUACGUGCCCGAAGGAGAGUCUGUUACGAUCUCUGAAGUGGCAGUUGUCGCAUCGGUCGAAGAGGAUGUUCUUGUGGUCGAGGAACCUCUCGAGCUCUUAGACGUAGAGGCGUCCGAACCAGUUGUGAAUGAGGCAGCUACGGUGUCGACGAGAGAACAUGAGCUAAUUGUCGAGAAUCCUCCGGUGUCCGACGAUCAGCAUGUCGCCGUCGAGGAAACUCCUGCGGCAAUCGAAGAUGGAUCUGUCUCUUUCGAUGAUCAACUGCCUCCCAUAAACGAAAUACCUCUCAUUGCAGAAGUGCCUUCGGUUGCUGAUGAGCCAACACUUGAUGACAGUCCAUCCACGGAAGAACCUCCCGCGCCUGAAGACGAGCCUAUUACCGGCUCUGUGGAGGUCUCGCCAACAGCAGGAGAAGUCGCUGCUGAGCCCGAAGAAAUCACCUCGAAAGCGGAGGAGACCACUCCAGUUUACGAAGCGGGCCCCACCACUUCCGCGGACCCAAUACUUGACGAUGCCUUAUCUCCUGAGGGAACUACAAUCGUCGCCGAGCAGUCAACUGUCGAGUCUGAUGCUUCCAUAAUUGAACUGCCCGUGGCUGUUGAAACACCCGCUCCCGCUGCAAGUGAAGCAGCGGUCGUCGUCGAGGUUGUUCUCGAAGAAGUCCACGCUUUCUUGGAGCACACUGAAGAUGCCUUAUGUACCAGUGAAGAGACUGAGGACAGGCCUGAGGGUUCACCGCAUGUAGGGGCACCCGUGUGUUUGCCUGAGCAACCCUUCGUAGAGGAGUCUCUUCAUGUGGCUUCCAUCGUUGAAGAGUUUGCGCCCGUGCCCGCAGAGGAGUCUGAGAUUUUAGAGGAGCUGGAUGUGGUCACCUCCCAAGUUCUUGUCAAUGUGGAGCCUUUAGAGACUUCUAGCGAGAUUGAAGAGACCGAAGCAGUCGAAUAUUCCGAAACUACCGCAGUCGAAGAUGUCACUGAACAACAAGAGAUUGCAACAUCCCCUGCUCUCAACCUUGCUACCGACAUCGAACGUCCCAAGUCACCAUGGAGCCCUUCUUACAGCGUUAUGACUCAAGGACCAGGCGUUCCCGUAGAGGAGCAUGUGACCGCCUAUGAAGGCGAUGAUGACGCUGCCCCUGCCCAGUCACAAACACCCGAGAUCAUUAUCGAUGAAGUAGAUGCGGUUGUUUCAGAGGUUGGAGCUGAUAUGGAAGUAUCUGAAUUCCAAAUUGAGGUUUUACAAGUAGCAGAGGAACAGGUUGCGCUCGGCGAACUGGAAGAGCCUCACCCUAAAUCACCUUGGACACCUUCUUACUCGGUGACCGUCCAAGGCAAUGUUGCUCAGACUAAUGAGGAACUCGAUAACUUGGAGCAGCUUCCUCCAAGUGCUGCCCGCCUUGUUGCAGCGGAGGAAUUUGAAGAGCAACCUGUUCCUUUUACAGAAGCACUCAUUUCUGGCGAGGUAACCAGUUCUACCACAGUCGUUGCAGACAUCUAUGCCACGCUUUCGGCAACGCUAGACAAGUCAGAUAUUCCUGAUUCAGCGGCCGAAGCAGACGCUUUCCAGAAUGUCGCGUCGGAGCAAGGUGUCAUUGCUCAAGCAGAACCUUCGGUCCAGACUCCACCCGAGCCACCUACUGCACAGGAAGUGGCCGAGGAGGAAAUUGAACAGGGAUCGUUCAUUGUCGACGAUGAGAGUACGCAAUUGGGUGCUACCGACCCUGACGAAGAGCGUAGCAGUUCCCCCUGGACGGCGUCCUACUCAGUAACUGGACUUGAACCAGCACCUGCACUUGAGGAUCAAGCGACUGCAAAUGACGAUGAGUUUGUUGAACAUGGAUCAUUUAUCAUUGAGACCCAACCAACUGUUGGUGUAGAGGACACUCCUGAGGUCAAAUCAGACUCGGGGCUUCUGACACCUGUCGACGACCCUGUCGGAGAAAGACCAAAGUCGCCGUGGACCCCUUCGUACUCUGUCACCAAGCAGGGGUCGAAUGAUGCUGUUGAAGAAGAGGAGCUUGACGAAAUCGAACAUAUUCCUGGUCCACUCUCUAGCAUUCCUGCGCUUUCGGCUCACGAGGAGCCCAUCCCACCUGUCUUCAUCACCGAGACGCGAGCGUUUGUGGAUGAGCCUCUUAUGGCAGAGACUCCCUCCCUCUCAGAGGGUGACGUGACCGUUUCAGAACUCUCCGAGUCAUAUGACGACGUUGAGGCCAGUGGAGGUCCAAUCGCCCGGGAGACCCCUCAAACAUUCCCUGUUCUCGAAGAGCCACAGAAAAUCACCAACAAGAAGCCAAGCUUGUCUGCCGUCGACGAACUCAAUGCCACCGAAAUCACUGAAUCCAGCAUCCUGCGCAUCGAUAUUCCCACGAACAACGGAGCCAACCGCAGCAGACUGGAGUCCACGACCUCUUCUCGUUUCUUCCCUGGUGGAUGGUUCUCCUCUUCACCCAAGGUUCCUGAAGAGGGUCGCACAUCGCUCGACGUUGCAGCUGGAGAAUUCAUCCAUAAGUCUUCAGUCGAAAACACUCCAACCAGUGCUCCAACCACUGCCCUCCCCUCCGCUGUUGAGGAAGACACGGAAAAGAAGUCUCGUUGGUGCACAAUCAUGUGAAAGGCAGAGUCCGCCAUCUUAUGCAUCUGAAUUCUUGAAACUUAUCAUCGUUUUUAUCAUUUUCGUUCUCGUUCUCUACUUUACCUUCUCCUAUGCAUGACCCUUAACGACGAGCGACGACUGCAUAUUCAUAUUUACUUUCAAGCGGAUUCUUAUACUGACAUUUACCUCUUGUUUGCGGCUAAUCUUCACCUUGUCAAUUGCACUACAAGCUUGGAGCUUCCUAUAUGGGCGAAUACCCACCUGAAUGUAACCGACCUUAGCUCAGUUGGAAGAGCGCGAGACUGUAACUGGAUAAAUUCAUCUUGAGGUCGCCUGUUCGAGCCAGGC